AUGACCCAGAAAACUGCCAUUAAUUUAAAACUUAAAGAAAUCCUUCCUCAAAAGUAUAAGACAAUCAAAGUCUUGGGCAAAGGAAGCUAUGGAGUUGUGCUUAAAUGUUUGGACCGGGAAUCCAAAGAAAGCAUGGCUGUUAAGAUCGCCAGGCCGGGGAGGAAUAUCCAUCGUGAGGCAUCCAUACUACAGCUGUUGAUGGACAUUAGACUGGAUCGGGACAACAUUGUUAAGUACUAUGGUGCCUCAUCCAGUGACAAGUAUCUGGUGUUCGAAAUGUUGGAUAUCAGCCUGUCACAAUAUUUUCAGGCAAAUGGCCGUAUGACUCUCAAGGAAAUCAGACCCGUCAUUCAGCAACUCGCCACAGCGUUUGAUGCGCUAAAAGCUGUGGGAGUGAUCCACGGUGAUGUUAAACCAGACAACAUCAUGCUGGUGGAUCACGGACAACGGCCAUUCAAAGUGAAGCUGAUUGACUUCAGUGUGGCUCUUAGUCGACAUGAAGCCAAGAAGGUCUUAAUGAGACAGGUUGCUUAUUUCAGAGCUCCAGAGAUCAUCCUUAGACUCCCGUACGCUGAGGCCAUAGACAUCUGGUCACUGGGUGUUGUAAUAGUAAAGAUGGUGCUUGGCAUUUUUCCCUUCAUGGGAACCACAGACUAUGACUUACUGGAAUGCAUGAUCGGUGUCCUCGGUCUGCCGCCAGACAAUGUUCUAAAAGAUGGAAAGGCAGCAACAGAUUUUUUCAAAAGGACAGAGUUGGGUCAGUGGACUUUCAAGACACAUAAAGAAUAUUCAGACAACGAGUCAAACGUCAAAGUGAGUUUUAAGAUACGCUCUAUGGAAGACAUGAUCAAGGUUGGUCACUAA